AUGUUCGAGAAUAAAAGAAACAAGCUGGGGAAAAGAUGGCUUGGGAGACCCUGUUCUGCUUGCCUGCACCUCAGACCGAUCAAGGCGGAAGCCUUCGCGGUGCUGGCUGGACCCAGCCUGGAAAUAACCCGUGGAAGAGGUGACGCGGCGGCGCCCAGGGAGACCCCGGGGAAACAGGCAGAGGCGGCUGUGCGCUGUGCGCGCUCGCGGCCGGAGGGCCACCUCAGGCAGCCGGGAGGCGGCUGGGGCGAGCGUGCCUCGGGGCUGCAGGAGAAAGGCGCCCACUCCGCCGUGUUCCCACCAGAGCGGCUGGAGCGGUCCCUAACCCAGGAGGCGUCAGUGUGGCUGAGUGAUGGGUCAGAGACCCCCGUCUGUGUGCCUAGCAUGCAAUUUCUCUAA